AUGUUUGACAGCUCGCAGUAUCCCUACAAUUGUUUCAAUUACGACGCCGACGACUACCCGGCGGGCAGCUCGGACGAGGAAAAGCGGCUCACGCGGCCGGCGUACAGCUACAUCGCGCUGAUCGCCAUGGCCAUCCAGCAGAGCCCGACGGGCAGGGUGACGCUGUCGGGCAUCUACGACUUCAUCGCGCGCCGGUUCCCGUACUACCGCGCCAACCAGCGCGCCUGGCAGAACUCCAUCCGCCACAACCUGUCCCUCAACAGCUGCUUCGUCAAGGUGCCGCGGACCGACGGCCCCGAGAAGGGCAAGGGCAACUACUGGACCUUCGCCGGCGGCUGCGAGUCGCUGCUGGACCUUUUUGAGAACGGCAACUUCCGCCGGCGGCGGCGCCGGCGCGGCCCUAAGGGCGAGGAGGCGAGGGGGGCGCGCGGGAGAGAUGCGGGGGCGCCCCCGGGCCCCCCUGAGCCGGCCAGCGCACGGGGGGCCCCAGGCCCCGGCUGCGAGCCCCUGACCCCGGCCAGCCCUGCCGUCCCGAGGAGCGCCGCGCACGGGGACAUCAAGUUCAGCAUUGACUACAUCCUCUCCGCCCCCGACCCCUCUCCCCGGGGCAGGCCACCCCACGUGCAAGAGGGCAGACACCCCCCGCUGGAGGCCGGCCAGGUGGACCUCGGCCUCUGA